AUGGCGGCGGCGGAUCUCGAGGUUGGGGCGACGGGCGACGAGGCUUCCGCGGCGGGGCCGCGAGCUUGUGGGGAGGUGGCGGCGCACAACGCGGCGCGAGGCGGCGGGGCUCCUAGGUUCUGGCAACAAGCCGCUCAGCUCAAGUGUGAGGCUUCAAAGAAGAGAAUCAGGGAUGCAGUUCACUCGUCUUCUUCCUCUCAAGUGCACAAGGCUGCUCUUGAUUGUGCCGCCAGGGAGAUUAAAUUGAUGCACCCUUUUGAGGAUGUGAUCAUCUAUGCCGCUCAUGAUGAAACCAUUCGGUUGUUCUCUCUCAAUGACAAGGGCGAGUUAGACGCUAUUUCUCAGAUUCCAGUUGUUUCAUGCCUCCUCGCCGCCGCGGCCCACGGCGCCCAUCAUCGCCCCGCCGCCGGGCCGAAUCGGGCCCGAGCGCUGCCUGCGCCCGCGCCCCGCGUCUCCAGCGCCGCCGCCAGCCGAACCCUGCCGCCGAUCCUUCCAUCUCUGCCCCGCGCUACCGUCGCCGGCAACCCCGACCUCGACGCACGCCACCCCGCACCGCCGUCGCCUACUUUGCCGCCCGUUCCGCCAUCACCCACUCGUCUCCACCUCGCCGCCGCCAGCGCCGCUCGCCGGAAUCCGCCCUGCUCCGUCGCGACAAGGCCUCCCACCGCCCGGAUCCGGCUGGAUCUCGCCCCGCCGGCCCCGGAUACGGCCGUCCCGACCCCGCUGGCGCCUCGUCUCCUCACCCCGCUGCCGGAGCGAGCUCCCCCGCCGUCCGCCAACUCGCCGGAGCUCGGAGCUCGCCAGCGUCGACCUCCACACGGCCGGGUCAAUCAACCCAGACCCGAUCCGCGCCCGGACCCGCUCCGCUCCACCUCGCCCGACCCGCUCCGCAUUGACUUUUGUGAGGUCUAA